AGAAGCUCCUGGAGGAUGCCAACCAGCGAAACAAAGAACGUCGAGAUCGGUGAAAGCGUGAGGGGCGAAGAUGUCUACAUCAUCCAGAGUGGCUGUGGGGAAAUCAACGACAACCUGAUGGAACUCCUCAUCAUGAUCAACGCCUGCAAGAUCGCGUCGUCGUCCAGGGUGACUGCCGUGAUCCCGUGUUUUCCAUACGCCCGACAGGAUAAAAAGGACAAGAGUCGUGCUCCGAUUUCCGCGAAACUUGUGGCCAAUAUGCUCUCGGUCGCCGGGGCCGAUCACAUCAUCACCAUGGACCUGCAUGCCUCUCAGAUCCAGGGAUUCUUCGACAUCCCGGUGGACAAUUUGUACGCGGAACCCGCAGUGCUGCAGUGGAUCCGAGAGAACAUUGCCGAGUGGAGGAACUGUAUCAUUGUUUCACCUGACGCGGGGGGAGCCAAAAGGGUCACAUCAAUUGCAGACAGGCUGAAUGUGGAGUUCGCCUUGAUUCACAAAGAGCGGAAGAAAGCAAACGAAGUGGACCGGAUGGUCCUGGUGGGCGACGUGAAGGACCGUGUGGCUAUCCUCGUGGACGACAUGGCUGACACGUGUGGCACCAUCUGCCAUGCCGCGGACAGGCUGCUCUCCGCCGGAGCCACCAAAGUUUAUGCUAUCCUUACACACGGGAUCUUCUCUGGGCCAGCUAUUUCCAGAAUAAAUAAUGCCGCCUUUGAGGCUGUUGUUGUCACAAACACCAUUCCGCAAGAGGACAAAAUGAGACACUGUCCCAAGAUUCAGGUUAUUGAUAUCUCGAUGAUCUUGGCAGAGGCGAUCCGAAGAACGCACAACGGCGAAUCUGUGUCCUACCUGUUCAGCCACGUGCCGCUCUAGACCCCGGCGGGGGUGUGGAGCCAGCCUGCCCUGGCUGCUCACUCGUGCACUCUCGCCUGACUUCUUAGGUUUAGGACUCAGCAAUUCUAGAAUAAUGCAAAAGCAUCCGAUCUUUGUAUCCUCCAAGGUGCAUUAUUUCCCCCUUCUCAAGCUCGAGAGCAUUUAUUUCCAGUUUUGGGGGGAGGGUGGUGGUUAUUUGAUCUGCUUAAGUGAACUGUCGUUAAUGAGAUCUGUUUCGUCAUCCUGACUUGUUCGGACAGGUGACCCUUUUCUUUGUUUUCGCCAGUACUUUGAGGCCACAACUUUCAAGUAUGUAAUUCUGCGGAAGUUCAUAGUUGAUAUGUUUCAAGGUUGCCAAAGGUGACUUCAGAUUAAAGCCUUCUGUGUAAAUAAUGAUAAUGCCUAUGGACAUUUGGGUAAAACCCUGUAUACAGAAUUAACCUUUUACUUCCGAGUGAACCUUAGAAAAUUUAUUAUACCCUGAAUUUGGUUUUAUUUUUUUCUUUUAUUAGGAACCAGGAUUCAGAUAAACCAUUGUGGUUAUUGUGCUUGAUUUGACCAAAUUUUAUGCAGCCUCAGGUGGCCACUGACACAUUUACUUUCUGAUAAACAUUAGACAUAUCAGAGGCAAUCAGUAUUUUUUAUUGCCACUUCCGAAAAACACGUUACAGCUAUAUCACUUACCUGAAAUAUCAUGUUCUAAAAUUCCAAAAUUAUGUUCAGCAAUAGAUAUGAUUGGGGAAGUGUCAAGAUAGAUAGACCCUGCAGGCUCGCUGGGGCCACUCACGCCGUGCCCUGGCCAUCCUGGGCUCCUCCUGUCCCGCCAUCUUGUUUCAUGGCCUCUCGUUAGCUCUAGCUUUUACUUCGCCUUUUUUCCAAUAAUUUCAUGUUGUGGGUUUCCACCAAAGCGAAGACUCCUCUGAGUCCCCUCAGAUUUACUAGUCUGUUCAUUGUUUUUGACAUGAUAAAAAGGUGAAUUUUUGUGAGUACCACCAAAUGCAUAUUUAAACAUUACCUCCUUUGUUUUAAAAUUCUUUUGCCUUUUGUAAUCAGAAGUAGCAAGUCUACUAGACUACUGAUGAUUUUAACUAAAACCGUCCCAUGAAAAACGCGGGUAAGCAAGGCCUACAGAGAAAGUACAGAUAAGUAAGCGUUCAUUGUUUCGUGAAGAUAAUGUUCAAAUGGUGGCCCAAGAGCGAUUGUGGAGGCAAAGCUUGCUUUAUCCACACAUGGCCCUUGACAGCACCCUCCUCAGGAGGGUCCCUCCCCGCCUGCAGCGGAAGGCGAGCAUUGAGUCCCUGUGAGUUUUGCUAUAUUCGUGUUGGUGCACAACUGAAUUCUUGAGCCCCGAAAGAAGAGAAUUUGCCUACAUAGACAGAGCCUGGGAAUAGUAACAGACCCUUCCUUCUGCUGAAUCUUAAAACUUGAAGAGAGGAAGUCGUCUGAUCUAAAUUGUGCAGGACAGACUUGAACAGCGAUCUUUAAGGUUUCAAACUUUACCACAGCAGAAGUUGAAGUUAAAAAGCAUCAUUGGGUCAUUGCAGAGACCAGUGUUUUCCUGGUCCUUAAAAUGGUUUUUGGGAAAAACAGUGGUCUUCUGGCCUGCUUCAGUCAGCUAUGCAGUAUGGAUUGACUAUCUAGGAAGUGUCGACUUGAUAAUGUAAAGGCCCACUGAAAUGUGUGUGAUUUUCGGUUUUGAUAAAUGAGGGAUAUCUGUUUCGUGGGAUUUCUGUGCAUAGACCAAUGCAAAUGUAGUGGCAGACGUGCACAGGGAGACGGCCUCGGCAUACAAGCGUAGACACGGUGACAUGACUGAAAAAAGUUGAUUUAAACAUAAUCCUUUCCUCUUAAGAUUGAGUCUAAGGUAGAGAGCUAGUUUCAAAAUAAUCUCGGAUAAAAAUUUGCAUUGUCAUUAUUGAAUUAACAACUGAUUGUUUCUCUCUUUUAGCCUCACUUUUUGUUUUCAAGUAGUUCUGUUGUAGUAACUGAUUCGACUAGACUUGGCCAUACACAGUGGCAGUGUAGACCUCAACUGUGUGACGGUUUCAGUUCAAGGAAGAUGAUGAAGGCGGCCUCAGGAGCGGCCCGAUCCCAGAACGGGCGCAGCCCUUGCUGCUUGCGUGCAGACAUGAGGUGCAACCACAGAUGUACCGGUUCGGUCCAGCUCUGCUGCGUGGGGCUCGACUCACGUGUGCGUAGCUGGAAAGGGGAGCCACAGAGAUGCACAUACACCGGAGCUGCUCAUCCUCCAGCUGAAAGUGUGUUGAUCAGCUUGCAGAUGCUCCUGGUAGAGCUUGCCUUUGUCCACAAGUCCACCAGAUUCGGGAAUGCAUUGUUCGCAGUGCUUGUAUUGGUUUAGAGUAUAGGAUUGUAAGAUCAGCCAACACUGUACUAAAACAUUUCAAUAAAAUCCUGCUACGUCUUUCUCUUA